AUGCAUGGAGUAUUUGGAGCACUGCAGAUAGUUCAGGAUGGCAGCAACUUUAUCUUAGAUGUUAAAUCAGAAGAACUUAUAACCCACAUUAAAGGGUUGGGUUUUAUCCUGUGGUUGGCGGGAACCAAUGAAGGGUUUCAGGCAAAGGAAUGCUCGGGCAGCGGGAGGAGCGGCAGCGGCCAGCCCGCGCCGGCAGCCACGCUGCCCACGGGGAAGGUCAGUUCCACCGAGCGGGCGGCGAAGGAGGAGCCCGAGAGGAGAUCGGCGAGGUUGUCAGCCAAACCGGCUCCCGCAAAAGUGGAAACGAAGCCAAAAAAGGCGGCAGGAAAAGGUAAAUCUUCAGACAAAAGAGUGCAAACAAAAGGGAAAAGGGGAGCAAAGGGAAAACAGGCCGAAGUGACUAACCAAGGGACUGAAGGAAAGUUACCUGCAGAAAACGGGGGAACUAAAAACGAGGAGAGCCCAGCCUCUGAUGAAGCAGGAGAGAAAGAAGCCAAGUCUGAUUAA